AUGAGCUUAGAGUUGAGGCGAAGGAGCAGGAGUGAUAAAGUCGAGCCACGGAGACCCUCUUCACGCAAGACCACCGAGACCAACACUGACAGCUGUGGUGGCUGCAGUGAUGUUAUUGACAAAGUGGUGAAAAGUUAUUCUCAGACCUGGAAAAGACAAGACGACAACUUCAAUAAAUUCAGAAAUCAGCUGAGCUCCAGGUGUAAUGGUUUUCAUAAGGCCAUCGUCACACAGACCAACACUCCGGUGGGAACAAAACUUAUUUAUGACGGAGAGAAAAAGAAAAGUCUUCAAGUCAAUCAGGACAUCUUCAACACUUUCCUAAAGGGUAACCCAUUUUCCAAUAAAAGUCUGGACACAUGUGCAGUGGUUGGGAAUGGAGGGAUUCUGGUCAAUAGCAGCUGUGGAGAGGCCAUAGACUCCGCCCAGUUUGUGAUCAGAUGUAACCUCCCCCCAAUAGAGAACUACAGGACACAUGUGGGAAAUAAAACAGACAUUGUGACGGCGAAUCCCAGCAUAUUUAUGGAGAAAUACGGGGCACUGAUGGGUCGCCGCCGUCCAUUUGUGGAGAGCCUAACGGUGUUCGGGAAGGCCAUGCUGCUCAUUCCCGCCUUCUCGUACGGCCACAACACGCCCCUGUCCAUGCGGGCCUUUUACUCCAUCGAGGAUUUCGGAAGCCCCAUUCGCCCCAUAUUCUUCAACCCCGAGUACCUCCAGAAACUGUCUGCGUUCUGGCGUUCGCAAGGCCUCCGAGCGGUCCGCCUCAGCACUGGGUUGAUCAUGGCGAGCUUGGCACUGGAAGUCUGUGACAAUGUGCACCUCUAUGGAUUCUGGCCCUUUGGCAAUCACCCUCACGGACUGGCGCCGCUGACGAAUCACUACUACGACGACCGACAGACGAAGAAAAAGUUUCACGCCAUGCCGGCCGAGUUCGAGUUGUUGCUCAAGUUGCACAGUCAAGGGGUUCUCAAGCUCCACCUGGGACAGUGUUCUCCACAGAAACUGCCUUCACCCGCCUUGAGCGAAACAAAACAGAAGAAACUCACUCCUGGUUGA